AUGAAAGGGCUGACGACGGCGCACGCGUUUUACGCGUGGUACGCGGACGUGGAGGAGACGAUGGACGAGGCGCGGAGGCGAGCGAGACGACGGGAGGCGGACGCGCUGCGCGCGGAGAUUGAGAGGCGAGACGACGCGUUACGAAAAUUGGAGGAGGUGGAGACGGGGGUUAAAACGCUCGUCGACGCGCAGGCGGCGCUGAAGCUGAGGGCGAGGCGGACGCAGGAGGAAAGCGAGCGGUUGAUCGCGGAGAAGGAUCGUCUGCUUGAGUUCGCGGACGCGCUGCGGGGAAAGCUGGAUUAUUUCGACCAGUUGGAAAAGGUGGCGGAGCAGUUUCAGGCUGGGGUUAUCAUCUCGGGCGCGAGCGAUGCGAGUGGGGCGAGCUUGGCGCCGCGCGAGCAGGUGAUGCCGAUGCUGAAGCGUCUGGACGAUUGCCUGGAUUUUGUGGCGUCGCAUCCGCAAUACGCCGACGGCGGAAGUUACGGGACCAAGUUUCGACAGUUGCAAAAUCGAGCGAUGAGCACAGUGCGCGAAUAUUACGUCUCAGCCUUGCGCAAGGCGACGAAACACGUGCAAGAUGUAGCGAAGGGUAAGACUGGUGUGAGCGGCGGCGAGGAUGAGUACGACGAGCUCGUGGUCGAGGAGGGGAGUGCGACGACUUUGUUGUACGUUCGCUUUCGCGCCGCCGCGGCGGAACUGCGCGAUCUCACCGAGGAGCUCGAAAAGCGAGGGCAUCACGAAGAGUACGCCGCGCUUCUCUCGGACUGCCACGUGUUAUACUGCGAGCAGCGUGCUCUUCUCCUCGCCGGGUCGGUUCGGACGAAGAUGCGCGCCAUAGCGACAGCCGAGCGUGGAGCGGAUGUCAUAGCUCUCGCGAGAAUCGGCACUGCCUAUCUCGUCGAAGUUUGUCAGGCAGAGUUCGCUCUGUUCAAACACUUUUUCCCGCAAACCGAUCCCACGGGGGCCUUGUCCGCGCUCAUGAUUCCGCUCGGAACGUACUUGAGCGACAUUUUGCGGCCAAAGUACAUUUCAAUCACCGAGUUGGCUUUAUUGGCUGAGCUCGUCGAGGCGCUCAAGGGCGAGAUCAUCGAGGACGUAACCUCGAAGAUUGACAAUGCGCUAGCCUUGGAGCCGGCGAUGCGAAGAAUCCUGUCAGAUGUUCAAGAGAGACUGAUCUUCCGCGCGCAGACUUACGUGAAGGAUCAGGUGGGCAACUAUCGAGCCACCGCGGCUGAUUUGGACUUUCCCGCCAAACUCGUGCGCGCACUGCAAGCGAAGUCGUCUGGCGGCGACUCGGAGGACGACAUUAAAAAUUGGUACCCUCCACUCGAGCGCACACUGACGUGCUUAUCUAAACUAUAUCGCUGCGUGGAGAUCAAAACAUUCGCGGGAUUGGCGCAAGAGGCGGUGUCGCUGUGCGCGGACAAUAUCGCCGCCGCUGCGCGCGCAGUGGCGUCGAAAGCGACUCCGGUAGACGGUCAGCUCUUCCUCAUCAAGCACUUGAUCAUCUUGCGCGAACAAAUCGCGCCAUUCAACGCCGAGUUUGCGGUUUCCAUCAAGGAUUUGGACUUUACCCAUAUGCGCGGGCAAAUGCGCCGAAUGCUCGGCGGAGAGAUGUCCUUCUUUUCGCUGACGCAAGACAACGCAUUCUACCAGCUCGCUUCUGAAGGUCGACCGCGCGUCGUCGAGAGCAAAAUCGACUCCAAGAGAGAGCUCGAGAAGCAACUUCAAGCCGCGUGUGAAGCGUACAUCAUGAGUAUCACGAAACUCAUCGUCGAUCCAAUGCUCAGUUUCAUCACCAAGGUGACCGCGUUUCGCGUGUCGACGACGUCGCAGGGGAAAUCCAUCAAAGACGCAGCCUUUGCUUCGGAAGAAAAACUCGCAGCCAUCGCGAAACAAGUCAAAACCUCGCUCGCAGACGAGCUCCCGAAGGCCGUCUACACCAUGAAGUUGUACUUGCACGCGGAAAAUACCCGCGAGGCGUUGCUCAAGCCCAUCAAGAGCAACGUCGCCGAAGCCUUCGCGCAAAUCGCCGCCAUCAUCGACGCCGACUUUCCUCCCGGCACCGCCGCGCGCGUCGGCCUUCUCGACCCCGCGCAGCUCGCCGCCGCGAUUGAGGACGCGAGUUAG